AUGUUGAAGCUCAGUCAGCUAAACCCAAUCGGAGGUCAGCUUUCGAAUUAUGCUAAAGCAUUACCGAAAACGACACCAAAUGUACAAGGCAGAUAUCUGGAAAAAAUCAGAAUUAUUGGAUACAACGAUCCGUACAGCCCUUCGUUUUUCGCACAAGGAACUCAGAGUAUACCGACUACUGUUACUACCGGUCACGUUAUUGAUUAUUUGCUGAACUUCAUUUCCUCGUAUACCGGCCGUCCGAUGAAGAAUGCUCGUAGUGUGGAAGGAUACCGGAAGUUUGAGGCAGGGUUUGUGCCCUCUCUUCAAGGAACCAUGCGAGAAGGGUACCAUGUUCUCGUAGGAAAGGUGAUUCUCUCGAUGAAACUGAAGGAAAAUAUGUUGAGACCGUGGAUAAUUAUUGAUGUACGUGGAAACAUUAUUUAUGCGCACUGUACCUGCGUUGCGGGGAUAACUGAGACUUGUUCUCAUGUUAGUGCUGUGUUAUAUGCAUUGGCUAAUCUGCAUGCACAGUCGAUUAAUCACAAGCUUACAGUUACAGAUUUCCCAUGCUAUUGGCGCCAGCCGACGAAGAACGUUCGUACAGAUCUGUAUAAAAAAGUUCGGAAUAUUGGUUACGGAAAAGCAUCGAAAUAUUACUACGACACUAUUUCUGGCAAAACAAGACGAGAUUUCGACGCUAUGUUGAGAAAGCUAAACGAGAAUGAAGAACAGUCUGUGCUUUUAAACACGAUUUGUGAUGGUGUCAAGUUCACAUGCCAGAAUUGUCAAAAUAACUACGUUCCGGAUGAACUUAUUAUUAAUCGAAACGUUUUGCUGCAAGGAAACUUCAGCGAUGCUUUUAGAGGAAAAAAACUGGAUGAUCUCAGAGAAGUGGGGCGAGGACUAAAAUUCACUUUGACAGAGUCAGAUGUAGUAGCAGUUGAGAAAUUAACUCGGAAGCAAGCAAGCUGCAGUUUUUGGUAG